AUGGCAGACGAACCACGUUCAAAGACUCAACCAAGAUCAACAACAAAUGUUAGGUCAAGAACAAGUCCUCCUCCUAACGAACAUGAUCAAAGACCACCAACGAAGAGAGCAAGAAAAGCUAUCAAUUGCGAACCUUGUAGAAAUUCAAAACUCAAGUGUGAUAGGAACCGACCGUGCUCGAGUUGUGUUCUAAGAGGCACUAUCGCAUUAUGCUACCAGGAUGCUCGUGGUCAUGAAUCAGACUUGAACCUACGUCCAGAUGACCAAAACGCUUCUAGAGUGGAUCCAAUGCAAGAAAUAACUCGUCUAAAACACAGUGUUUCACUACUCGAAACUUUUAUCAUUGCAAACCAUCGAAAUCUUCCCUUCAAACGUCCACUCGACCCUCCAUCUUCAGGUCCUCCAAGUCCACUCAAGAAAGAGCCUCAAGAUUCUGAUACCGUCGAUCGCGACAAUGCUCCCGGCAUGAUCGGAUCCCAGGGACACGGCGGCUUCUACGCCGGCACUACCUCUGUCGUCACUCACCUCACAAUGAACGAAUCACGUGCUUCAGACGACCCAAUGGACAGACACCCCUCCCUAGAAGGCCUCGUCACAGACGAAAUCGCUGCUUCCACUCAUGAAUACGACAGAGAUCUCCUAGAGGUCCUCCCAGCACUCGAAACAAUCGACGCACUCGUAAUCUACUACUUUGAAUACUGCAAUUGGAUUUACCGUCAUGUAAACCAAUCCGCAUUCACUUCCGCAUGGUCUCGCUUCAAGAGCGGCUCUUCUCCAGAUAGAGUCGUCCUCGCGACUGUCUGCAUGAUCAUGGCUAUCGCCGUUCAUUACUUGCCUCACCGCGACCCCCUCAUCGCACAUCUCGCAGAUAACCAUGAAGAACUCGGAAAACGCUUUUACGACGUCAUGCGCACGGCACUCGAUCGACAUCGUGCAGAGUCCAGAACGUACACUCUUGAACUCGUCGAAUGUCUCCUCAUCCGCUCUCACUAUCUAAAUCUCAGCAAGACAGAUAGUGAGGAAAUUUGGGCAAUUCGCGCCGAAUUAGUUAGCAUGGGCCUUGCAAUGGGCCUACACCGCGACCCAUCUAGGUGGAGAAUGCACAAGGAGCUUGCAGAGAGAAAGCGCUGGGCAUGGUGGCAUAUCAUAUUACUCGAACGAUGGCAAGCAUUCAUGUUUGGUCGUCCUAUUGCCGUAGCUUCCCACCACUUUGAUACCCAACUUCCCUCCGUUUCCCCCACCACAUCCACAAACCCUCCACAACAACGUCUCUACGCCCCAAAUCUCGCCCUCUUUCGCCUCGCCUACAUCCUAGGCGACAUCAUGGACAGUGCCGUCUCGCUUCGUUCCGUGUCAUACGACACGAUUAUGGCACACGAUAAAGCACUCGCCAACUGGAUGGACACCUUACCCCCGGAGCUCGAUUUGGACGAAUUCAGAAUCGCACGCGCCCUCGCAAGCCCGGACACCGUCACGAGAAGAUUAGGCGUACAAAGUGUCAUCAUCCGAACAAGCUACUACCACAUCCGCUUCACCCUCCACAGACCAUACGCCUCCGCAUCCCCCAUAUCCUGUCCAAACGACAAAGAUAAGCAUGACAAAUCCGAUAAAGACCCCAAAGACGCCGCCAAAUCCGAACGCCAAGCCAACAGCCUCGAUAUAGCAGUAGGCAGUGCCGACAAACUCAUCACCCUUGUCGAUCACGCCCGUCCAGACUUUCUCGCAAACGCCAGCCUAGCAGUACCAGGCCACAUGUCCUGGGGCCCCUUCCACGUAUUCAGCGCCGCCAUGUUCUUCUCCUUCCAACUCAUCUCAAAUCCGAACCAACCAGGUGCUGGCCUCUUCCGCGUAAACAUCAAGAAAGCACUCGGGACUCUUGAUUUAAGCCGCGGACAAGCAGUCGCAGACCGCGCACUCGAUAUCCUAGGCGCCCUCCAACCCCUCUAUGAAAUCGGAUUCGCAGACAUGGAAGCAAGCGAACGCGAAAGUGUUAAAGGACGUGUCCUCGGGCUCGUCAAAACCCUCGCAUUCCCUUAUCACGACCAAUCACGUUCGUCACGGAGCGGGGCGGGCGAUAGCCCCCACAACUACUCGGGCGGCAGUCCAAGUGGUUACCUAGGCAGCCCAGGAGGCGGUACGUCCCCGCCUUAUCCGUACCCUGAGAAUAGGGGGUAUAGUGAUGUGAGGGGGUCGUAUGAGGGUACGAGGUAUGUGGAUGGGGCUUCGAGGACGGUGCCUGCUUCUGGUGCUACGGCUUCGACGACGCCGAGUACGUAUCCAGAUCCGCCGCCUCCCGCGCCUGCGCGAAAUCCGUAUCCGCCAUCAGGGUCAGGGUCAGGGACGGCGUCUGGGUCUGGAAAUCCGUACCCCGCACCGCCGCCUGCGCCAUCACAAACACAACCAUAUUCGGAUUCUGUACGAUCGUAUCCACCUCCAUCUGACGGGAAACAUCAUCAAGCGCCCUACCCCGAUGCACGGCCCUAUCCCGCGCAAGGCACCAUAGGAGGGAGCAGUUCGUCAUACCCCUAUACAUACCCGACGUCAGUAGAUGAAGAUUCGAUGUGGGGAGCGUCGUUAAGCCAGGCAGAGUGGGCGCGGUUUCUAGAUGUGAUGCAGCGGCCUACAGGGGAUAGGGGAUAA